GCGGUGCACCGUGGGCCGUGCGAGCUAAAAUGGCGGAAGCCGUGCUCGUCAAAGGCAAAGGCGCUUAAGGUGGUUGAACCAGACUGAUCCAGGUUAUAAACGGUUGCACAGAACGCUCGGUGUAGCCUCUAUAGAACAGUGUAAACGGCCAGACGGCAAAAUGCCUCGGCCUAAGCGCACAGCAACUAGACGUUAUAAAGAUGCAAUGAGUGAUGACAGCAGUGGAAGUGACUUUGACGAUGAUGAGGAUCCAGAUAAAAUUGAAGUGCCAGGUGGAGGUAAAGAUCUAGCAACAGCAGCAGGAAUUGCUAAUAUUAAGGAUGAGAAGCCACAACCUGACAUGUUAGAUCAAACUCCAUUGAUCAAGGGCCAAGGAGCUAUCAAUAUACUGAAUCAGAAGCUGGGUGGGAAAAUCCCUGGUGGUUUGGUUACAAAGACAGCAUCUCCUGGGUAUGAGAUGGUACGCGUGGGAGGGUCUCAAGGUGGGCAACAGGGUUUCGUGAACCCAAACCCACUAGGACAAAUGGGUCAGCUAGGUGCUGGUGGGCCUUAUGGUUUACCACCAGCCCUGGCGAAUCUUGCGAAUUUUAAUCCAACCACCUUUCUGCAGAGUAAGUCUAAGUCUGCUAUGGAGAUGGGAAACAUGUUGAGCGGCUUCAUGGGAAUGGGUGGGAUGAACCCAUUUGUUCAGUUCCUGAGUCAGAAUGGUCCACAUCAAAACUGGCAAUCUGGACUGUCCGGUAAAGCUGUAUCGCAAUUGUGGAUGAAUUCUGGUGAUCCUAGUAAAAUGAGCAUGCAGCCAACAUUGCCUGAAGAAGAGGAGGUCGAUGACGAAGACAUGGGUGUAGCUGAGACAUACGCAGAUUACAUGCCAACGAAACUGAAACUAGGCAAGAAACAUCCUGACCCCGUAGUGGAAACUGCCUCAUUAUCGAGUGUCGAGCCAACAGAUGUCUGGUACAAGUUGUCAAUCCCGGAAGAGACGAUACGUUCCGGUGCUCUUUCUGCACUUCAGCUCGAAUCUAUAACGUACACAUCACAGCAGCAUGAACACCUUUUACCUGAUGGUACGCGAGCUGGAUUUCUAAUUGGGGAUGGUGCUGGUGUCGGUAAGGGUAGGACCAUUGCCGGUGUUAUCUACGAAAACUACUUGAAAGGCAGAAAACGCGCCAUUUGGGUUUCCGUAUCGAAUGAUCUCAAAUACGACGCCGAAAGAGAUCUCAAGGACAUAGGCGCCUCGAAGAUCGAGGUACAUCCACUGAACAAGUUCAAGUACGCCAAGAUCUCAUCAGCAGUGAACGGUAACGUUAAGAAGGGCGUAAUCUUCAGCACGUAUUCCGCACUGAUUGGUGAAUCAUCGCAAAGCGGUGGAAAGUACAAGAGCCGCUUGAAGCAGCUACUUCAAUGGUGCGGAGAGGAUUUCGACGGGCUAAUAGUGUUCGACGAGUGUCAUCGCGCGAAAAAUCUCUGCCCCACGGGCAGCUCAAAACCCACCAAGACCGGUCUGACGGUAUUGGAACUUCAAAACAAGCUACCAAAAUCGCGAGUGGUGUACGCGAGUGCCACCGGUGCGUCGGAACCAAGGAAUAUGGCCUACAUGGUACGUCUUGGUAUGUGGGGCGAGGGCACACCAUUUCCGGAGUUUAACGACUUCAUCGCGGCCGUGGAGAAACGUGGCGUCGGCGCCAUGGAGAUCGUCGCCAUGGACAUGAAACUUCGUGGAAUGUACAUCGCGCGGCAGCUCAGCUUCCAUGGUGUAGCUUUCAAAAUCGAGGAAGUACCGCUCAGCAAAGAGUUUACGAAGAUCUACGAUCAUUCCGUUAGACUGUGGGUAGAAGCGAUGCAGAAAUUUCAAGAAGCGGCGGAACUGAUAGAUGCCGAGAAUCGUAUGAAGAAGACGAUGUGGGGUCAGUUUUGGUCGUCGCAUCAGAGGUUCUUCAAGUACUUGUGUAUCGCGGCUAAGGUUAAGCAUGCUGUGGCCGUUGCCCGCGAAGCCGUUAAAUGCGGAAAGUGCGUUGUCAUUGGUCUCCAGUCAACGGGAGAGGCCAGAACUCUGGAGCAGCUCGAGCGCGACGAUGGUGAACUUAGUGACUUCGUUUCCACGGCCAAGGGAGUGUUGCAAACAUUGGUAGAAAAACAUUUCCCAGCCCCUGACCGCAAUAGGAUACAUCGGCUGCUUGGAUUGGAACCACCUCGAACGUCUCUUGCUGAUCUUGAAGGUGGUACUGAAACAGCGGGAGGUUCUGCCGGUGGCAGGAAGCGAAAGCCCAUCCGACAAGCAGCGCAACGUGCCUCGAAGAAGGUGCGCGCCUGGUCUUCCGAGGAGGAGAUCUCUGAGGAGGACCGAAACGGUGGACAUAGCUCAGGAUCCGAAUUCAAAUUAAGCGGUACCGAAAGCGAGGAUGACAACCACACGGACGAAGAGAGUAACGUCAGCUCUGACUUCAAUCCAUUUUACAGCGACAGUGAUUCCGACGCUGAUCCAUGGGACAGGCGAAAGAAGAAAGGUGGAAAGAAACACAAGAAGCCGGCGAAGAAGAGGCUGAGCACGCAAGACAAAAUUCAAUCGAUGCUCGCUCACAAGACCUCUACGAGUAGGAACAAGAGAAACGGGGAUGCUGCCCACGGCGGUGCCGGUAACCAGAGUAAUGCUGCCAGCAUGAUGGCACAGUCACAAACCUCACAUGCACCGCCUCGCGACGCUAUCGAGAGGGCCUGCAGCAUGAAGGAGGAACUUCUUGCGCAAAUAGAGAUCCUGGGUGACAGAUUGCCACCCAACACCCUGGAUCAACUGAUCGAUGAACUCGGCGGUCCAGAAAACGUUGCCGAGAUGACUGGUAGAAAGGGUCGCGUGGUACAAACUGAAGAUGGUGCAAUCCAGUACGAGUCCAGGUCAGAAGUCGAUGUACCCCUGGAAACGCUCAACCUUACUGAGAAACAAAGAUUCAUGGACGGCGAGAAGACCGUGGCGAUCAUAUCGGAGGCGGCAAGCAGCGGUAUUUCCCUGCAGAGCGAUCGACGUGCACGUAACCAGAUGCGUCGAGUUCACAUUACCUUGGAAUUACCCUGGAGCGCCGAUAGGGCGAUACAACAGUUUGGUAGGACGCACAGAUCGAAUCAGGUUAAUGCUCCGGAAUACAUAUUCCUGAUCUCUGAUCUCGCUGGUGAACGACGUUUCGCAUCGAUCGUCGCCAAGAGGCUAGAGAGUCUCGGUGCUUUGACCCACGGAGAUCGUCGUGCUACCGAAACACGUGAUUUGUCACAAUUCAACAUCGACAACAAGUAUGGCAGAGCUGCCCUGGAAGCUACGAUGAAAACGAUAAUGGGAUACGAGCAACCAUUGGUACCACCGCCGCAGGACUAUCGUGGCGACUUCUUCAAGGACGUAGCAGACGCACUGGUGGGCGUAGGCCUGAUAUGUAAUAGCGAGAACAUGCCAGGUGUUCUGACACUAGACAAGGAUUACAAUAACAUGUCCAAAUUCCUUAAUCGGAUCCUUGGGAUGCCCGUUGAUCUACAGAAUCGUUUAUUCAAAUACUUCACGGACACGUUGAAUGCGAUUGUCACUCAAGCCAAGAAGAUGGGACGCUUCGACAUGGGUAUCUUGGACCUGGGUACAUCUGGAGAGAAUGUUCGAAGAGUGAGGCUCUAUCGAUUUCUGCGAAAACAUGCGACAGGAAUAGCUCCGACGGAAUUGCACGUGGUGCACGUCGAGAGAGGUAUGAGCUGGUCAGAAGCGAUGGACAGAUGGUCAGAAUUAGCCGGAUCCAAAGAAGGUUUCUACCUGAGUCAUCAGAUUCGUAAUGGCAAGCAAACUGCUAUUCUCGCGGUCGCCGUUGAUGGUGGGAAGAAGAAAGCCGAGGGUAAAAAGGAUCAACUGUACAUGGUUUAUAGGCCGAACACGGGUUUACAGCUGCGACAGGAAACCCUUGGUGAACUUGAGAAGAAGUACAAAAAAGUGACCUCUGAGGAAGCCGAGCCUCACUGGACGCAGCAAUACGAGUCAUCGGUUGACACGUGUUCGCACGCUUACUGGCGUGGCAAUUGCAAAAAUGCUACGCUAGGUAUGGACUGUGAGGUUGGUCUACGUCGUCGUUCUUACAACGUCCUUGCCGGUUCUGUUUUGAGUGUCUGGAGUCGCGUAGAGAACGUCCUUGCAGCACGCUCUGGACACAACUCCAAGAUGCAGGUUGUUCGUCUGCGAACUGACGAAGGCCUCAAAAUCGUCGGCACCUUGAUACCCAAGACUUGCAUGGAGGCGUUGCGUCAAGCUCUCUCCGCCGACGCUGAAAAGACCGAGGAGCAAACAUUCUGAAAGAACGAUAGUCUUGGAGGUAAGGAAGGACCAAGACACGUAGCGCGAGAAGGUGUGGACGUACGACCAGGAGAACUAUAGGUCAAAGCUUCGCCACUUGUUCGUCGUUUACACUUGUAUCUCCGUCUACUAUUACAAUUACGCCCACGGUAGAGAAUGAGACGAGAGAAGGAAAGAGAAGAAGAGAGCAUGCCUAAGUGUGUGAACGUAACUCGUCGACCUUGUGAAUUCGUAAAAAAUCACCGAUAAUGGCAUUACGAUGUCGUAAGCUGGUGCACAUUCUCGUUAAGGAAGUCACGGGCAGGGGACGAGAAUGUCCGAAGAGCGUGAUCUAUCAAGAGGAACAAGAAACGGCAGAUAGGAAAAGAAACUUAAGGGACGAUUAUAACGUAGUGAUUGCCGUGUGACGUCGUUUACUUGUUUUCUUUAUAUAUAUAUAAUUAUAUAUAUAUAAUCGCGUUUAUACGCCCUGCCAAACGACGACCCUUCGAUACAGCUAGACGUAAAUGAAACACAAGUCCAACCGGUCAUUACUUUGAAUUUAGUCUCAAAUCGUCGCUAGUACGAUCUUUCGAAUGCUAUAAGUUUGUCCAACAUUAGAAAACCACCCUAUAUAUUUAACGAUAAGACUUAUUUGCCAGAGAUCGUUCAAUAAAUUAAUUUAAUUUAAUUUAAAUGACUAUCGAUGCGAGUUUCAAACUAUUAAAAGUCGAGAGUGGCUUCUUUUUAAUGAUUGUCUCGCGUGCAAUGUACGAAACAUAAAUGUAAUACGUGAGGCGCCAACCUACAUCCCUCUUUCCUCGUUACGCACUGUAGAUCAAUCGUGCAUAGAGGGAGAAAAGGAUAAACAGUAAGAAAUUCUAGGAUGCAGAUGAACUUGACGAUACGAUGUAUUGUGUCUAUGUUGGUAUCGAAAUUAAAGAAUUUUAGAUAGUAAUACCUUAAGGAGGCGCGAAGGACAUGAAUCCUUUGAUCAGUACGACUGAAGAUAUUAGAAGAGAGAGAGAGAGAGAGAGAGAGACGUAUGCAAAACUAUUUAGAAAUUAACGUGGGCUAUGAAUAUAUUUCAUUCGUGGCUUCUUCGAUGAUCUGUCAGGUGGACCUUCCGACUAUUAAUGACUGUUGUUACAACUAUCAUAGGCUUCUACCAUUCUAGUACUAUAUUACUUCUAACGCUACUGCUGUCACCACCACUACUAUCAUCGCUAUUACUACUACUAUUUCUGCUGCUAAUUACUGCUACAAAACUAUACUACUACUACUACUACUACUACCACCAUUACUAUUAUAUACUACUGUUACUAUGAUUAACUAAUACAUUACUACUAUCACUAUCAUUGUCGAGGAUCAUGUCAUCAAUGCUACCUAAAGUUAAAUCGAGACUAAAUUGGAUGUUGGAAAUCCUUCGAUUUAUUGUCUUAUUUAAUUUUUUAGAAGCAUCAAAUUUAUUGAUCCUCGGGGAUGCUGCUGCUUCGAUUACUAUUAAUAUUAACAUAUAGAACAUAGACUCGCCUGACACACAUGAUAUAUUUAUAUUCGACAAAGCAUUAAGUAUAGUAGUCAUACGCUCCUCGUGUGUAUAUUGAAUAGAUGUUUGUUCGUUUGUGCCGAGUAUUCGAAGAGUAUCUAUCGAGCGCGAAGGAUUUUAUGUUAUUAUUCGACGAAGCAUCCUCAUUAUUUUUUCACGAUCAUUUUUCUUCCACGAUAAUCGUGUUUUAUGUACUGCAGGCAGAGAUAUCGUUUGAAACUUAAAAAAAUUUGCUUUUGUUUUGAUAAGAGAAAAGAAGAUUAAACUGACGAGGAGGAAGAAGGAAGAAGAGAAAUACGAUUCGAACGAUAUUCUUUAUUUGUCCUACCUUUAUUAAGUUGUUAUUGCACGAAACGAAAUUUUUAGGAUUUUCUUACUUUUGCGAAACUUAUUUCUUUGUUUAAUGUGUGUGUGACUCAAGAGUUUGGUGGCAAAACAGGACUCUUAGAACAUAUCUGUUUAAAUAGAAUGACGUAUUACUAAUUCUAUUCUCGAUACCAUUUUGAGGAAAUCUUACUUGAAAAUAAAAGUAAAAGAUGGAAUGUGCUAGGAGGACAUUCAAUCUUACGGCCUGAAUUUAUACGAAUUUCAAAAGUGGUAUUGUCGAUCAUGCUCUAAAGAGCUGUAAUGAUUUGGGCCAAUGCGUUCGUCAUGUUACAUAUAGGGUCGUUCAAGAGGCACUAUAUCGCAAGAAGUUGGUUUCAUCAUAGAAAUCAUGAAAAUUUCAUUUAGUGCGCUUCAUUCGAAUGACCUGUAUAUACUACAUGUACGCGCGCUAUGCUAUGUGAAAUUUCUGUUAAAAUGUAAGAUCAGAUAAGCCCUGUGUGAAACUGGAGUCAAAAAUACAUGUGCGUGUACGCGCAUUCAACCUCUGUAUCCUGUGUAAACUGGAGAUACGACCAAUGGGACAAGAAUUAAAGAAAUGCCUUCAGUCA